AGACCAGGCCGCCGAAGAACAAGAGACAAUCGUGCUUCACAAUCAUGGAUGACACUGAUAUUUCAGAAGAUACAAUUUGCCGACAACAGGAGGAUUUGCCUUAUGAUGAGGACCUGCCCCAGAUGUUUUGCAAUGACUAUCAUUUUACCUUCAAGAAUGACAAACUCAGUGCCUCAGGUCAGCUUAUUCUGACAGGACCAAACCCUCAAGACAAGCCUGCACAAACUAAGACCUUCCAAAAUUCAAUUAUGGCCAUGGGUUGGGAUAAAAGCACAAAAAAUACAGUCUACAACAAUUAUAAUAAGGAGAAACUAUCCAUCAUGGCUCUUCAUAUUCCAGCCUAUAGUUCAAAUGAUUCAAAGGCAAACAUUUCUAAUAUUUUACACCAUCGUCUUUUUAGAGAACAAAUCUUAAGAGGCAAAGGUAUUGAUUGUGAAACACUCCCAGAGACCUCCAAUACUGACAGUGUUGACAAAGCAGCUGUUAUAAGAAAUAUAAUUUCACGCUAUGUUAAGAAGUCUUGCCACAAAGAACAAACCUCAGAAUUCACUGGCCAACCCAAGCCAAAAAGGGGUGGUAUAAACAGCAGGAAGCCAAGUCAUUAUCUAAGCGUGAUAGCAGAAACUACCUCAGAUAUAGAAGAGCCUUGUGCUGCUAGAGAUGGAUUCCAUCAAGAAAAUCCACACUUCCUAACUGAAAUUAAGGGGACAAGCGAUAAAGAAAAAUAUUCCAGAUGGCAGGUACCCCAGAAACAGCUGACUGAAAAAGCAAGUUCAAACAAAGGGUUUAAAGAUGGCCAAGGUCAAGUUCAUCACCAGCACCUGAAUUUCUCUAAGGUUGCCCCCAGAGUGAAAAUCCCUAGAAAUAACACAAUGGAGAAGCCAUUUUCCGUAGAUAAACAAGUUAGCUUUUCUCCUACAUUGAGAACAAAACCAAUGGCUUUACAAGAAAUUUUAGAAGCCAUGUCGAGGUCAGAUGAUGUUUCUAAACAACAUCCAGAGCAACCAAAGAAAGAAACAGAGCCUUUCCAACAACUGCAGAUGGAGCCUGAAAAGCACAUCAAUCAACAACACACAGGAAAAGAAAUGGAGACAAACCUCUUGAAGUUGACAUUAGCCUCUCAGAAAAUCCCUUCCUCAAAUUCUUACAUUUUUCUAAAGAUAUCCCAAGGGACACAGAUGUGCCAGAAGUUAAAAGAACAGACUGAUCAACUGAAGACUAAGGUACAAGAAUUUUCUAGAAGAAUCAAUCAGGAGUCUCCCAGUGACUUACAAGACAGAAGAAUGGUCCCAGAGCAACUGCAGGGCCACCUUGAAGUGGAUCAAGACUGUCUGGCCACCACGGAGAAGCACCUGACCUUGCACGAGCAAACCCUUAAGUGUGAAUCCUCAGCUAUGGGCGACUUCAAUCCGGAAAGGUUAGUGUUAAAACAACUGUGCAAGGUGUAGAGGCUGCUUAAAGAUAUUCAAGAGGAAACUGAUGGACACAAACACACUUCUGCUCUCCCUCUUGGGGAGCACCAGGAUGAUCUUCCUGACCUGGGGGCCAGCAAGAGAAAGCAAAAAAUGGAGAGAAAAGACCACAGGAAGAUUGACUAUGGAAGGCUUUCAGUCAUAAAUGAAAAGGACCUGAACCAAGAUUUGACUCCUGAAUUUCAUUAUAGACACAACACCCCAGGACAAAAUCAUUUAAAUCAGAAUGGAAGAGGCACUUUUAUCCAGUCCUGCUCUUUGGAUCAAAGCAAAAAUUCUUCACCUCAACCAAAAUGGAUCUGUUCUCAGAGAGUGAAUUCAAAAUUCAUUCAAGAUGAAUGUGAGUUCACACAAGGAAAAAAAAAUAUGAAGACCUUUAUGGCCUACAGCUCAGAUUUUGUACCACCCUCCACUCAUCUCCAUUCCUGCAGAGCUUCUAGAAACAAAGCCUUAUGUGACAUUAAUAAUAAUGACGAAACAAACUCUAAGAUGUCAAACUCGGCUUUGGAUAAUGCCCUAAAGACAGCCACCAAUUUGAAAAAAACUACUGAUCAAAUGAUUAAAGAUAUUGCAGAAGAUCUUGCCAAAGCACAGACAUGGAGGAAUCGACUGAAAUUCUAGCUCAAGAUAGUCAAAA